GGGUGGAUUUGGAAUAUAAAUAAACCAAGAUAGAAAUUUAGGUUAUUUUCAGUUACUUCUAGCAAGCACUAAUAGGCUUCACACACUGGAGCAUUGUCGGACCAUAACGCACUUUAACACAAAAAAAGGCUGAAACCAAAUGAACUAAAGAAUGAAAAUGAAAAUGAAAAUUUUUAAUACGAUUGUGAAAAUAUAGGCCCUCAUAAAAAUGUAAGUAAAAUCUAGUUGUAAAAGUCACCAGCCUAACCAUUCGCAAGUAGGGCCCUCUGGCUCACUCCCAAAAAACACACACUACCGAUGAAAAAAAAAACUAAACCAGACUAGUUAACGAUAACCCUACUAGGUUACUUUAAUUUGGCGAGCUAUCAGUGAUCAGGUCAAUCUCCAAAUCUAUGUGCCUUUUUUUUUUCCAGAUCCAAAUCCGUGUGCUCAGCUCACUGCCACUCCAACCCAUUGACAGGAUGGCAGCAUGGUACCCAACCGCACCAUUCGUGGCAACAAAAGCCCCGCGCUCCCUUACCUUUCUCCGUCCAUGAGCAGUGAGCAACUGAUGCGCACACCAAACCGCAAUUAACUAAUCACUUAAUUAAUCCUCACCCCAAUCGCUUGCAUAAUCAGGACCCGCUGCUAUACAAAGUUCCAAACCUCCGGAGCAUUCCAGAGCACCAAUCCGAGCCCCACCAUUACUCCCCAAAUCACAUAACAAUUCCCUCCUCGCACCAACCCGCCGGCGACCAGUCGAGCUUAGCAAGAAACGCGCGCCAGGGCGCUGCGCUCCAGAGUGGCAUCCCAUCCAAGCUGGUAGCCGAUCGACAAGCGAGCUGAGCAAGCAUGUCCGCGGCGGAUGCGUCAGCCGGGACUCCGGCGGCGACGGCGCCGCCGGGGCGCGGCAGGUGCUGCACCUCCGGCGCGACGCUGGAGCUUGUGGGCGCGUUCACGGCAGUGUGCCUGGUGCUGUACGGGGUGAUCCUGUACAUGAACUACCUGUACGUGCGCUGGAGCGGCAGCGACGGCGUGCACCGGACGGACUCCGGCGCGGGGCCGCCGGCGCGGAAGAGGCCCGCCGCCGGGAUGGACAAGGCGGCGCUGGCGGCCAUGCCGGUGCUCAUGUUCAAGGCGGACGCGCACGGCAGCGGAGACGGAAGCGCCUCGCCCAUGGAGUGCGCGGUGUGCCUGAGCGCCAUGCAGGACGGGGACGCGGUGCGCGCGCUGCCCGGGUGCCGCCACGCGUUCCACGCCGCCUGCGUCGACGUCUGGCUCUGCGCGCGCGCCACCUGCCCAGUCUGCCGGGCGCGCCCCGCGUUGCCGCCGCCGCAGCAGGCGCCCAAGGCCGGUGCCAAGGCGUCGGCGGCGGGGUCCUCCGGCCGCCGGCAGCCGGACCUGGAGAGCCAAGUGUAGCGCGGGCACAGCGCGGACUGUGUGCGAGCUGCGUUUUGUUCUCAAUCUGCUGUCUUCCUCUUCUUCCUCCUCCUCCUAGAAGAGAGGUCAUGGAUGAUUGCUGUAGAUAGGCUCCCUGCGUACAUAAUUUUGGUGUCAAUUUCUUGUAAAUUGUAAUGGGACUAGGACGCGAGGCGCGCCUUGCCGCGCCCGCGCUUGCUACGCGCGGAAGAGCUGGGACGUGCAUGGAUCGGUUGGGAUACUGGAUACAUGUAGAGAAUCCUAUAGAAGAGAGAUAUGGCACCAAAUUUUUAGCAUUUUUCACUGCAGAAUUGAUAUAAUGAUGAAAAAGUAGGACCCACCAAAUAGGUGGGAAAAAUUGAAUAGAUGGAACAAACCAAAUUAAGAGUUC